AUGGCUCCCCGCGGGUGGCCUGCACGUAAAAGGGUGCACCAUGUGGCAGGAAAGAGAACCACAUAUCAGACCGAGAAGACCAUGGCAGUUAGAUCUGGAAUGAUGGGUGGAUUAUUUGGACCCACCGGCAGCGAUUUUGCACCGCAGGCUCAGGUGCGAUCAAAGGAUCAGUACAUUCCAACAGCUGCUGGUGAGGAUGUCCGACAUAAUCGAGCAGCAGCAGCAGCACAUCCAAGCAGGUACAGCCUGACAGACUUUGAUCUGCGAGUUCCCUCCAGCGCCAAGCUCAUGGGCCAUUUGACCCGGCUCCAGGAUGAAUUGCGAGGAUGCAUUUCUGCUCGGCCUUUGAUGCCAUGUGAUCGGUUGCUGGAUCAAGCCCUGCAAGUUGAGAUGCCGAGGGUCAGUCUGUGGAGCUCUUCCCGCAUGCCAAGUUCUGAGAGCAAUGAGGUGGACAAAGGAGGAUCCGUCAAGCAGGAUGACCGCUUAAAUUCAGAUGCAAAGCCCGGUGCCGACAUUGACUUGGAUGGUUUGGAGAGUCAUUUGGAAAGUUCUGUUGCUCGCGAAUCUUUGCGGUGCAGCCGGGCAUGGAGGAAAACGGGCGUGACAUCGCGGACCCGGUCGCCGGUGAAGCCUCUGCCAUUGGAAGAUGGAGUCUUGGACGACGCGUGCUUUGAGAAGGAUAUCGAAGCAGCAGACUUUGUGGCCUUGGACCUUGAGUUCUCCGGGCUGUUUCUGGAUGAGUGUGGGUCCAGACAUUCUUCCCUGGAAAAGUAUUUUGCCAAGUGCAUUGCCAGCAUCCCCCAGUUUUUACCACUGCAACUGGGAAUAUGUUGUGCUCGGCAGCGGCUAUCAGACAAAGUCUGGGAAUUACGGUCCCACGAAUUCAACCUAUGGCCGUGUUCACGACGAUUGUUCAUGUCUGACUUCAAAUCACUACGGUUCCUGAGAGAGAACGGCUUUGAUUUCAACACCUACCUGGAUACCGGCUUCUCAUAUUCCAGGCUCCCGGAGGCUCACCAACCGAAGAAGGCCAGAAGAUUCAAUGCCAAUCAGUUAAUACAGGCGCUGGAAGACAGCAAAGUGCCCUUGGUCGUUCACAACGGAUUUCUCGACCUGCUGCACUUGUUUCAUGGUUUUAUUGGAGACUUACCAGGUGAGUGCUGGGACUUCUUUGGAAGUUGGCUUGCGCACUUUCCGACGACUUUCGACACGCGACUGUUAGCGCAGGAGGGACAGUACAAGAUCUUGAGGGGCAGUGGGCUUACGCUGGAGGCUUUGCACGAGCAGCUGAGCAGAUCCGGCAGAGGGCCGGGUGUGCGGAUCGAAUGCCAUGGGCCACUCGAAGAGGACGGUCCAUGUCAUGGUUCCUCGGGACACGACGCCCUCCUGACUGCCAAGGUGUUCAUCUGGGAGCUGGAUUGUUGGAUCCAUCUGGAUGCUGUCGAGUAUGAGCAGAAAAAGCAGAGGAAGAAGCGCACCAGCGAGCUUGAGAAUGCCCUUCUUCCCUUAAGCUGGCAGGAGGUUCACCAGCUUGCCGAAGAGGUAGGUGUCAGCAUUUACCGCUCGAUCGUAAACGGCCGCUCUGGUGGACCGCAGGGUGCCCGACGUCCUCUAGCUGAAAUUCGCACAGCCAUCGUGGCUGUGCAGUACGCCAAAGAAGUGGACGAUCAAAGGUGUCAGGGCCAGGCUGCCUGCGAUUUGUCCUGCCGCACGAGCGAGACCAGUGCUGGUCUGACAGCAGAUCUGCUCGUCUCGCACAAGGUAUGCAAGAGGUUUCGCAAUUGCCUGGCUGUCGUGGGUGCUUCUCCUGGCCAUAUCUGUUUAGAUGCCAUCGCCGCCGCGGGAAUGGCCAAGAAAGCAGAUGUUGGCAUCGAAAAUGCUCGUGCCGUGUUGAGACAUGGGCGGGGUUGA